UCGAAGUUAGUUUAGUCGAGCUUGAGCACAUGCGGCUCGUAACUAGUCUACGAGUGGCACACUAACUGAGGGUCGAUUACGUCGCAGUUGGCUAUCUGAGCUACUGGCCUACACAUCAAACUUAGAAUCAAGUCCGUGCUGCAGCGCCGUUUGCUACCAGCUGGCAGCAUGACUCUGGAAGCCCUGGUCACUGCCUUAACCUGUCUGAGCACCCCGUCGACGACGCUGCCCGGAAAUGUGGUCACAAACAUCUUGACAAACUCGAUAGAGCCCUAUCGCAAUCACACCGACGGCUGUCCGGCGGCCGUGCUAGGAGCUCUGCUGAUGCGAGUUCAGCACAUGGCCGACGAGCUGCAAUCUCUGCGCGCGGAUCUCAGCGAAGUGCAACAGUUCAUCGAGAAGCACAAGAGUCAAGUGCCAGCCGUGCCCAUAGAAUCACGCAUCAUGUCAUUUCAGCCGCUCGUGCCAAAUGUGGCCAGGGAAGUGGACGAUACACCUCGCAACUGCAUCAACCAGAAGCAUGGCCAGGUGCGCAUCCGAAUCGCUCCUGAUGUGGAACCCUUCUAUGUGAAUUGCGAUCAGCAGGGGCAUAACGGCGGCUGGCUAGUGAUCGCCUAUCGCUUCGAUGGCAGCGAGGACUUCUAUCGGGACUGGCAUACGUAUAAGACCGGCUUCGGCUCGCUGAACUCGGAGUUCUUUAUUGGCUUGGAGAAGCUGCAUCGGCUGACCAACAGGGACGAUCACGAGCUGCUCAUCAAAAUGCGCAAUGAGAAGGACGAGUAUUUUGCGAUCUAUGAUCAGUUCAGCAUUGGCAGCGAGGCCGAGAAGUAUUUCCUCUAUGUGCUGGGCUCCUACAAGGGAAAUGCUGGCAACGCGCUGCAACAUCACGCUGGCAAUAAGUUCACCACCUUCGACCAGGACAACGACGACAACGGACAGAACUGUGCUGGCAUUCAUGCGGGUGCCUGGUGGUAUGGCCUCAAUUGUAUUCACUGUAAUUUGUUUGGCACGUUCCAGCCCAAGUAUAGCCGAAAGAUCGGUUUUCAUAAGGGCAUCUUGUGGGACCACAUUGAGCCCGGUCCCGAAGGCUCCUUGCGGUAUGUACGCAUGCUAAUCAGACCCAAAAAGCGGACGUAGCCCCAGCCUUGCAUAUCUAAGUUAAGAAUGUCUAAAUACUCUUAAAAUAUAUUCUGUGUGGAGCUAGAUUGCACAAUA